AUGGCGGCCAUAACUGUUCUAAAUCGUAGCCGUCAUAUCACAAGAAACUUUCAUAAUCCUUGGAGAAUAUUAAAGGGAAAACGUUUUGUAUCAGCAGGGUUAGAGUUUGAUGACGCCAUUAGCGACAGCAUCCCUGGUUGGGAGGAUGAUAUGGAAGAAAGCAACCAAUCACAUGAUGGAUUUCAGCUUUAUGAGUCACAUAUCCCCACAUCUAUGAUGCAGAAGGUGCUACUGACAACUGGGUCUGCCCUGAUGGCAUUGUACAAUCCAGCAAGAGCAGAUAUGGUGGCAACACUAGGAGAGACAACAGGAUUCUUAGCACUUAAGAACAUGCACAAAAAAAUGCAAGCAGAUCCAGUUGGACAAGAGAUAUUACAAGAAUGUCCUCGCAUAAACUCAUCCAUAAUAGACAUGACUAAGCUUCGACAACUUCCUGAUGGAUCAUUUGGAAGAGAAUAUGCCAGAAAUAUGGACACUAAUAAAAUUACAGCUGACAGUAGAGAUGAGGUGAAGUAUGUUGAUGACAAAGAUCUUGCCUACGUAAUGCAAAGAUAUAGAGAAGUUCAUGACUUUGUUCACACACUGGCUGGCUUGUCCAUAAGUGUACCACAUGAAAUAGCUGUGAAGUGGUAUGAGAUGAUUCAAACAGGCCUCCCAAUGUGUGCCCUCAGCUCAUUUGUAGCUCCAAUUCGACUUACAGGGAGACAGAGGGCAGAACUAAGGAAGUACUACAUUCCCUGGGCUGUUUAUUGCGGAUAUCAAUCCAAGUUCUUUCUAAAUGUUUAUUUUGAAAAACACUUUGAAGAGCCUAUAGAUGAACUGCGACAAAGAAUGAACUUUGUUCCCGCUCCAAAAAUACCAAAGAAACCUGUGUAAAACAGAUUUCUCUGUGUAAAAUAGAGUUGUGCCUUCAGUGCAACUACUUUUCAUGGGGUCAUUUUCACAAAACUGACAAAUCCAGUGAAUUUCAAAAACAUUAUUUGUUCCCUUUGCAUGUUUUGGUGCUGAGCACAGAGUUGCACAAUUGCAAUCAUUGUUUGGUUUAUUUCGUUUAAGUGACCCCAUAGCAGUAAAGUGCUAAGAACAUAUUUAGGUAUCUCCAAAAAUUUUGAUAGGGACACCGUUGGGACCAGCGCAAGUGUCCCCUGGACAGAGGUUGAGCUGGGCUAUGUUAAUAAUUAAUAAGCAAAAAGAAAACAAAUUUUUUUGUUAUUCUAGCUUGAAGAUGCACUGGAGUCUUUAUUUCAAGCAGCUAGAUAAUUUAUUUUAAAAAAGCACGAUUAA